UGCGUGGAAAAGGAAGAUGAAAGAGAUUUUGCUUGAGACAAUUGCAUCAUUUAUAUCUAUAUAUAUUGUUUCAAGUCAAGUGUUUUCCGGACAAAGUUUAUUCUCAAGGAUGGCUUCUUCUUCUUCAUGUCAGCCCCUGGCCUCUUCCGAGUCGCGCAAAUGCCCCCUACUUUCAUAAGGCUGACCCCUGAGAGACCUUCUUUAUUACCGUAUCUGCCACUGUAUAAGGCAGUACUCAGAGGCGACGUGAGAGAAGUAGCAAGAUGCUGGCUUGCAGAUGCAGUAAAAACCAGGAUCACGUUAAACGCUGACAGAGCACUUCACGUAGCUGUAGGAACCGGGACGGCCAAUCAUAUUGUGGAGUAUCUGUUGGCUAAGAUGUCAGAUGACCAAGUGAGACUAAGAAAUAACGACGGCAACAACGUCCUUGCCGUUGCCGCAAUCGUUGGCAAUGUCGAAGCAGCCAAGAUGAUCAUGGGAAGACUGCCAGAAUUAAUUGAUGUGAAAAACAAUAAUAACUAUGUGCCUUUGAUCGAGGCUGCUCGACAUGGCCACAAGAAGAUGGUGAAGUAUUUGUUGCCAUUCAGUGAAAGUUAUUUGCUCUCGGAGGAUCGGCCUACAGAUAAGACCCGUGUUUUCUUCGUGCAUUUGCUGAUAAUUGCUGGAUUUUAUGAUUUGGCAAUAAAACAGGUUCUAUCUCAUGGAAGUUUAGCUGUGUCAGAGUUAUAUCCUGGUGAGACUCUGCUGAGUGCAAUAGCCAGAAAGCCAUCUGCGUUUCCCAGUGGAAGAAAGCUGAGAUCUUACCAGAAAGGGGUCUACAUUUAUUGGCAUGGUAUUUCUGUAAUGGGCAUCCAGAAAAUGAUGACAAACAUCUCAAGCUGCAUCCGAAGAAUGAUGACAAGCAUAUCAAGCUUCAUCCGAAAUUACAUGCCACAUAGCUUAAUUAUUGCCAUCACUCUAUUUCAAUCUCGAUGGCGCUUUGUUUAUUCUAUAAUUGGAGAGAAAAAAUGGAUGUACCGACAAAAAAUUUUUCUUGUCAAACUGUUAUGCAUGGAAAUUAUAUCACGCUCAAACGAUGAAACGGCUUACUCAAGACUGAAACAACCACUCCUUUUAGCGGCAACAUUGGGGGCUCAUGAAGUUGUGGAAGAGAUUGUAAAGUCAUUUCCUGAUGCUGUGUUAUUUGCCAAUGAAGAGAAUCAUGGUGCAUUCCAUUUAGCAGUCAUAAACUUUCAUGAAGCCGUGUUCAAUCUCAUAUUUGAAAUGAAUGGCCACAGACAUUUGUUGUUGAUGUCUCAGGACAAUUCUGGUAGCAAUAUCUUGCACUUAGCUGGAAACCUGGCUCCUCAAUAUCAACUGAAUCGCAUUCCUGGUGCAGCUUUGCAAAUGCAACGGGAGUUGCAGUGGUUUGAGGAAGUGGAGAAAGUUGUACCACCUACCUUCAGAGAAGAUAAAAACGCUCAGGGAAAGACUCCUGCAAUGGUAUUUGCAGAGGAACAUCAGGGUCUUGUCAAAGAAGGUGAAAAAUGGAUGAAAGAUGUAGCGACUUCAUGUUCAGUAGCAACAGCACUCAUUGCUACUGUAGUAUUUUCAGCAGCUAUUACAGUACCUGGUGGCAACAAUAAUUUUGGACACCCAAAUUUUUACAAAGAAAUAGCCUUCACUAUCUUUGGCAUUGCAGAUUCAAUCUCUUUGUUCUCUUCAACAGGGGCCAUCUUCAUGUUCUUGUCCAUCCUAACUGCUCGCUAUGCAGACAGUGAUUUUCUAUAUGCCCUGCCCAAAAGGCUAAUUUUGGGUCUAUUUUUGUUGUUUCUGUCAGUAACAGCAAUGAUGGUAGCAUUUGGCGCCACUGUUUAUUUGGUAUUUACUGAAGAAAAACAAAACUGGGUUCUGGGUUUAGUAAUUGGAUCAGCUAUUUUGUCUGUGUCUGUGUUUGCAUAUUCACAGUUUCCCCUUCUAUUGGACUUGACCAUUUCCACUUAUGGCCCCAGCAUUUUUGGCAAGCAAAGCCCGGGUAUGUUGUACGAAAUAUAAAUUAGAUGAGUUGUAUCUAUAAAUUUUUGAGGUAUCAGAAAGGCAGCAUAGAACCAAAAGUUUGUAAUCAAUUCAAUUAUGUCGAUGAUGCAGCUAUGCAUGUUGUUAUUGUAAUAGUUUUAGGUAGUAUAGAGAUCCCAUUUUGCUUUAGGAUGAUAAUAAAAGAUCUAUUUGAAGCACUGCCAAUCUUUUGACUA